ACGGAGGCAGCCCUAGCCACAGAGAGACCGAGAGCUCGGGGGAAGCAGGACUCACUACUCAAUCGUCACACUCACACAGAGAAAGGGGAGAAAAAAAGAGUGCAGGUCUUGAUUUAUUUAGAAAAGAGGUGGAAGUUCUGUGUGCCCGGUCUACACAGAACCGUACAAGGGGGCAGAGCACUUGGAGUUGAGGAGACUGAAAAGUACCUGCCAUUGCAUGCUGAUGCUCAAGGCUGCACCAACAGAAGUGCCCAUCACUUGGUGAUACCCAAGUGCCCGAGAAGAAAAAUUGGAUUCAUAUUUUGUAAAAUUGUAUUAUCAAUUAUUGUCAUUGUGAAUGUUUGCGAUUUGUUAUUUUAUUUUUGUGUUUGUUUCUAAAAGAAGAAAUGAAAUAAGUUCAGAGACCGGGCAAUUGACUGGACUCACAGUGAUACCCAGCGCAUUCCGAGCUGUCAGCGCGUGCACUGACCAUCGCGUUCUGAUUCUUGUUCUCUCACAAGGUGGAGGGACACUCGCCAGGGUUUGAUCCCAACUGUCACUCACUACAUCCGUCAAACAUCCAAGGAUAUUUCCCCACUUCUGACAUCUUUCUUUUUUCUACUCGGACAUAUCACUUCUCUCACACACUUUUUGCCAAAUGGUGUGAGUAACCUACAGAGAGAAGCGGUGAAAGAGAACUGAGGGUAUAGCACAGGCUAUCCACGGUCUCGUCACAUACAAACACAGAGGCAGAGUGGACCGAAGAGGCGAAGCGCAAAAGACACUUUCGCCUCUCGGAGUGAGGGGACCACUAGCCAAUAGCUCAAAGCACGAUCAACCACCCACCCCGGCCGGCAGUCCGAGCGCAGGAGCCUCGUACUUUUGGAGGUCCCGGGAAAAGUUGAGUGCCGAGCAAGUGUAGGCAAUAGGAGGGAAGCGAGCCCAUCCUUCAGAGUGCUGGUCCCCGGGCAAUGCAAGUGUAAAUGCCAGGGCAAUGUCCCGUCGCAAGCAGGGGAACCCACAGCACGUGUCACAGAGAGAAUUAAUAGCACCGGCGGAGGCUGAUCAUGUGGACGGCGGACUGUCCAUGUCUGACUCCCUCACCCUCCCUCACCCUCACCCCCUGUUGUCCCACCCGGCCCUGCUGGACCCCAGCCUAUCAAACAGCCUGGCCAUGGGUCUGGUUGACCACGACCUGCUCACCUGUGGCCAGUGUCAGAUGAACUUUCCCCUGGGAGACAUCCUGCUCUUCAUCGAGCACAAGAAGAAGCAGUGCCAGGCCCUACUGCAAGGCCACGGCUGCUACGACAAGAUGGCCGCUGACCGCAGCAGCCCCUCCCCGCCCCACCAGCAGCAGCAGAACCAGGGUCGGCACGGCCACUGUCAGCUGAGGAAAGUGGUGGAACCGGUGGAAAUCGGAAUCCAGGUGACACCAGAGGACGAGAGGCUGAUGGUGACGCCGACCAAAGGAAUUUGCCCCAAGCAGGAGAGUGUCCUGGCUGGAGGCCGGGACGAGCCUUCGAGCUACAUCUGCACCACGUGUAAGCAGCCCUUUCCCAGUGCCUGGUUCCUCCUGCAGCACGCCCAGAACAGCCAUGGCAUCCGCAUCUACCUGGAGUCCAACCCCUCCAGCUCGUUGCUUACCCCCCGCAUCACCAUCCCCGGACCGCCCAUGGGCCAGGACUCCAUCCCCCAGUCCCCCCUCGCCAACUUUCUGGGAGAGAACAACCCCUUCCACCUGUUGAGGAUGACUGGGCCCCUGCUCCGGGAUCCCCCACCAGGCUUCAUGGAGAACCGUGGAGGCCUCCCCAACACGCCGCCCUUCGUCAGCCCCUCACCCCGCCACCACCUGGACCCCCACCGGCUGGAACGCCUUAGUGCCGAGGAAAUGGGGCUCAUCUCCCAGCACCCCAGUGCCUUUGAGAGGGUGAUGCGGCUGACGCCCAUGGCCAUCGAGGCCCAAUCCAUGGACUUUUCCAGGCGGCUCAGGGAGCUGGCGGGGAGCAAUAACGUGGCCACACCUCCUCUUUCGCCCAGCCGGGCCAACCCUAUGCACCGCCUGCUCAACCCCAACCCCUUCCAGCCAAGCCCCAAGUCACCCUUUCUCAGCACCCCGCCCCUGCCGGCCAUGCCCCCCAACAGCACCACCCCGCCCCAGACACAGGCCAAGAGCAAGUCAUGCGAGUUCUGCGGGAAGAGCUUCAAGUUCCAGAGCAACCUGGUGGUCCACCGGCGGAGCCACACCGGGGAGAAGCCCUAUAAGUGUCAGCUGUGUGACCAUGCCUGCUCCCAGGCCAGCAAGCUGAAGAGGCACAUGAAGACACACAUGCACAAAUCUGGCUCCAUGACAGGGAGGUCUGACGAUGGGCUUUCCACCACAAGCUCCCCCGAGCCGGGCACCAGUGAAGUGACUGGAGAAGGCAUGAAGAACAGAGAGGGAGACUUCAGGGGUGAGGGUGAAGAGGAGGAAGAGGAAGAGGAUGAAGAGGAGAUGGAGAACGAGAGCAGGCCAGAGUCAAACUUCAGCAUGGACAACAUGGAGUUCUAUCGUAACCGUGAGAACGGCUCCAAGCCGCCGCCAGACGAGAAGAACUCUCUCUCCCUGGGUAAGAUGGUGGAGAAUGUGGGCCUGAACACUAUACAGCAGUACAAUAACUUGAUAGUCGACAAUCGUAAAAAUCGCAUGCCCUUCUCUAAGAAGGGGUCCGACGGGCAGCGGGACACUGGGGAUGAGGACUCUGUGGUGGGAGAGAUGGAGAGGGAGCAUCAUCAUCACCAGAUGGAAAGGGAUCACCAAAGGCCCACUGUCAACGGCAGGAACUGUGGCUCCGGCAACUCUUUCUCUAGCCUUUUCCCCCGUAAGCCCACACCCAUCACCAGCCCCAGCCUGUCCAACUCCUCCAACAAGAGGAUCAAGAUUGAGAAGGAUCUGGACAUGCCCCCGGCGCCCCUCAUCCCCUCUGAGAACGUCUACUCCCAGUGGCUGGUGGGAUACGCUGCCUCACGACACUUCAUCAAAGACCCUUUCCUGGGCUUCACCGACUCCAGACAAUCUCCCUUCGGCACAUCCUCUGAGCACUCAUCUGAGAACGGCAGCCUGCGUUUCUCCACGCCUCCUGGGGACCUCCUGGAUGGCGGCCUGUCGGGGCGCAGCGGCACAGCCAGCGGGGGUAGCACCCCUCACCUGGGGGGCAUGGGAUCCGGCCGGCCCGGCUCCAAGGAGAGCCGACGGAGCGACACCUGCGAGUACUGCGGCAAGGUGUUCAAGAACUGCAGCAACUUGACAGUGCACCGGCGCAGCCACACGGGAGAGAGGCCCUACAAGUGCGAGCUGUGCAACUACGCCUGCGCCCAGAGCUCCAAGCUCACACGCCACAUGAAGACCCACGGGCAGAUGGUUGUAGGAUGGCUAAACCGUCGGGCUAAACUGCGGAGCUUUAUAGCCAGAGAGAGCAGGGAGAUCUUAGGGGCUCCCUGUGAUGUGUAGUUGAACGCAUUCUGAAAGAAGUAGCAACUCUGACACACACAGAAUGCACAGCUGAGUGAGCUUUUUAGGAAAGAUUUUUCGGUCUUCAGCAAGCACCAACCUUUGCCCAAAUCAGCACUCCUUGUUAUUUUGAAUAAUGUACCCCUGUCUUACCCCCCCCCCCCCCCUUGUUCAAACCCCCUUAAGUUGACCUUUGACAUCCACGCAAAAAUGUUUUUUUUGUUUUGUUAAAAAUCUGUCAUUGAGAAAAAAAUAAGAGAAAAACACAAACAUAUCUUUGCACCAUGUUGACCCGUACUAUGAUUCGCACCAGUUGACCCGUACUAUGAUUCGUACCAGUUGACCCGUACUAUGAUUCGUACCAGUUGACCCGUACUAUGAUUCGUACCAGUUGACCCGUACUAUGAUUUGCACCAGUUGACCCGUACUAUGAUUCGUACCAGUUGACCCGUACUAUGAUUCGUACCAGUUGACCCGUACUAUGAUUCGUACCAGUUGACCCGUACUAUGAUUCGUACCAGUUGACUCGUACUAUGAUUCGUACCAGUUGACCCGUACUAUGAUUCACACCAGUUGACCCGUACUAUGAUUCACACCAGUUGACCCGUACUAUGAUUCACACCAGUUGACCCGUACUAUGAUUCACACCAGUUGACCCGUACUAUGAUUCACACCAGUUGACCCGUACUAUGAUUCACACCAGUUGACCCGUACUAUGAUUCACACCAGUUGACCCGUACUAUGAUUUGUCAAUCAUUUUUUUACACACAAAAAGAAAAAGAAAAUGGAAAAUACGGCUUCUGAGCAAGAAAUGACUUUGACUGGAUUUACUCGGCCUGGGUGAAGGGUUCUAUAGUUUGGGAUCAGCUGAUAUUGAAGUGCCAGCGUUGCUAUAAGCUUGGCUUUCCCAAUACUGGCACUAUAAAAAUUCAAAUUAAUUUAUUGGGACACUUUUUGUACUGCCAUUCAAUUUGACAUGAGUGUGCCUUGAAUACUGAUCUUCCUAUUCACCGUCUCUCAAGACAAAUGCGACACUUUUGUGAAGCAAAGGAUUUGAACAAAAUGAAAACAAUGUAUCAAAUUUAUGUGUCAACUUAGUUUCUAAUUUGCUUAUGAAAUUCCAAUAGAAUAUCAGAGAUAUUACUUCUAAAAAUAAAACAAAGCUGCAUUUAGGUUAGGAGUAGCCAGCACAACAAUAAUGUGUCUGUAUAUAUGUAUGCAUAUGUACAUAGAAAUGCAUAAACCUAUAUAGAUAUAUAUCAAAUUCUUCAAAUCAGGACAAGACUGUAUCCCUAGAAACAUGGUCAGAGUGGAUUGUAUUGCCACACAAUAGUCAAGGAAGAGACUGGACUAAAAAUCAGGAACUGCAGAAACAAAAAAAUAAUUUAGUGCACUCUGUCUUAAAAUACGUUUACAGUAUUGAAACAAGUACAAGGGGUAAAAUAAUAUUUGUGUGUAUGUGUGUUUUAAACCAGUAUUUCUUUUCUUCAAGUUUGCUUAUACAGUUUCUCUGAAUGCCAUGGUGGCGAUGUGUAUAUUGUUUUUUGGUGACGGGGUUUUAGUAUAUAUAUAUAUAUGAAUAUAUAUGAAUAUAUAUGACAUUUUUCUUGUUUACUGUAAAAGUAUACCAGUAUUUGUAAUAUUGGAGAAUGCCUGGGCAUUUUACAAAAAUAUAAAAAAAGUUAUUGUUUCUUUCUUUUUAUUUUGGAGUCCAAUUUCAAUGGUGGGUCUUUUAAAAAUGUUUAUGUCACUGUAACUGUAAAAGUCUUCAGUUUUAGUAACUUCUUCUUUUGCUGCCUUGGUGUAAUAAAAUGAAAAUAAAUGAAAUAAAAAGUGAACUGGUAACAAACUUGGAUGGGGUGGGGGGGGAUGAAGCUGCAUCAUGUCUGAAUUUCCCCUCGUAGAAACUAUGGAACAUUGUUAUUGCUUUGCAGUAAAAUACUGACAUGUAUCUAUGUUCUGCUUCUGGAUUGGAUGCUCUUCAUGGCUGGUUUGAAAUACAUGUGUAGGCACUUGCUGUCUUUCUACAGAAGCUUGUCUUUUUUAACCUGUAUGUGCAUCCUUCGUGAAAAGGGUACUAUAAGUACCCGUAUGUCAUUAUCUUAUUUGGGGUAGGGGACAACAUUGCAACUUCAAGAUAAAACUCACAGGCUGCCACCAUUUAUUUGAUUUAAUUUGGCAGGAUAAAAUAGUGCAAAAAACCCAUGAUGAAUUUGCAUUGUUGACAUGAACCUUAUUGUACAGAAGGGAAAUAAAAAGGUUGUUUGACCUUUUAGCAACAAAAAUACACAAGUAGAUGUUUUUGUUUACUAUACUGUUGGUUGUAUAUAUCUUUAGUUUUUUUAUUUAGAUUUGAACAUUUCUAUGUGUUCUAACUGGCACUGGCAGUGACCAUCUCUUUAGGGUCAUCUAGCUGCCCUUUGACCCUUGACCUUUGGUGACCUGUGUGUCAGUUGUACAGGAACCUGACCUGCCAACCCAUAGAUUUCACAGCAUGAGAAGAAUGGAGAACAUAUACAAGCAUGAUGUGGUAGAGACGCAGGCAGACAGGUCUGGCCACCAGUCAGAGAAAGGACAUGGAUAGAGUGUGUAGAAAAAGAUACACACAUUGGAGAAAAAAUGGUAAAGUCUCUUAUGAGGUGCAGGGAGAUUAUAUAUCUGGAUACCUUAGUUAGACAUCGUCUCACAGAACCAUGUAGUGUACACAGAGCAGCCGAGGCUGGCUGGAUACAAUCAAAGCUACAAGCUGCAUUCGCCUCAAACCAGAAGCUACAAUUACAGGCAGUUAGUAGCUACCGUACCUGACCACAAUCAUAUGGACAACUAUCAAUCAGUCAGAACCAGGGUGUUUAUAUGAAAGCUGCUCACUUAGAUGUACAGAACUGUCCUCCAACUGUUUAGCAGCACAGAACACCCAUAUCUGUGUUUUAUCUUCCUUUUACGAUUUGAUGUUUCCCUUAAAAUAUUGGUGCUUUGAUAUGUGCUAAGAGCUAUUCCAUGUUGGCUGCACUGUUUGUCUGCCCCUGGGCACCGUAGACAGAACACCAAGCAGAGCAAGGCUAAGCUAGGCGGUUGAUGGUGUUCACUUUGUGUAUAGACAUAUUCAUGGAACACUGCCCAGUCUGUGGGUAUAUUCAUUUAGUUUUCCUUCAAAGGUGCAGGUGUAUUGGGCUAGGCCAGUAGUCCCUCUACAUGAGAGACUGAGUGGACGUUAGUACGCCGGUCCUGAAUUAGGAAGUAAAAAUACAAAGUGCUUUGCUGCUUUCCACUCUUUAGGUUUGACAUUCAAUCAUUUUACUAUUUCCUUUUAGAUUUUUUUUAUGUUUGUAUUUAAAUAAUAACACAGGGUUGGGAUAAAGAAAUCUGUCAUUUUUUAUAUGUAAUAAUGUUCUAAUACAAAUGGAAUUGGUCCGGGUCUGGACAUACAGGGGGAGGGCUGGGGGCUUUGAGUAGGGAUGUUAUGCUGUGUGUGAUGUCACUUUAUUUAAAUACAUGAACUGAUUAUUUAGGCUGCAAUUGGCUGUGUUGUCUGUGAUGUCACUGAGGUGAGGACAGCGUUCCGUCGUUCUCAGGCCUGAUGAGUCCAAUGCCAUUGGUUCGUUACAGUAAACAUGACAUUCAGACAUCAC